AUGUGCACGUCGGCAAUAAGUUUGUCUGGAAAUUUACCCAAGUUGAUGACUGCCUUCAGAAAGCUAAGGACGGAUCAAAUACUCAUCACUAUAUAUAGUGAACCAUUCCACACUGGUCCAUACGGUUACAAAAUACGCUUGGAAUUGCAUCCCAAUGGACGCAAUGACGGAUUGAACACUCAUCUGUCGAUUUUUGUGCGUUUAAUGAAAAAUGAAUACGAUGGAAUUUUGCCCUGGCCUUUUGACAAGAAAGUUACGAUUACUCUUAUUGAUCAGCAGCCUUGUCCAAAACUGAGGCGAAAUAUUCAUAUGUGUAGUUAUCCAAGGAACGAUGGGCACUUUAGUCCUUGCUACUCCAGGCCGGUAGAGGAAAGAGCUCAGAAUAUCGCUUUCGGAUUUUGCAAAUUUGUUACGCAGGAGCAGCUUAAAACUAGACAUUACAUCGUAGGCGACACGCUAUUUUUCUGUGUGGAAGUAGACACUCUA